CCAACCUUCAACAACCUUCACACCUGCACCACCGCUUUCCGCCGCCAAUCUUUCGAUCGCUUCCUCUCCUCACCACCACCUCCAAGGCCAUCGUUACCUUGCUUUCGCUCGUUAUUUUCGCAUCAUACAGCCCGGGAACAGCUGCAUUCGAUCCUCGAUAGAUCUUCUAGUGCGACCGGCGUCUCUUCAGCCACGCGACUCCCGAGACAGCUCUCUUGGCUCGCACGUCCCUCCCGUGGUCGCAUCAUCGCCCGAAUCAAUCGUUUGCAAGCUCGACACUGCAUAGAAAUACGUUUUACAUACGAUAGAUACGCUGCUAUUCGUACUCUCCACCGGCUUCGCUCGACAGCUGCGUGCUCGACACAGCUCGCUGCUUCUCUGUCGAGAUUCUUCACUCGAACCAACCCGCGAUUCUACACGGAACGAUCGAGACGUAGACUUUCGACGACGACGCAAGCAAGCGAUCCGGCUUUUACAUCUUGCAUAGUUAUUCAGCAGAUAUAUUUGCAGCUCCAUCGACAUAUACCUCCAGCUCAGCCACCAUGCAAGCUGCGUCGCCGCCAAACAAGCGCGAUCUGAAAUCGUGGUGGAAAGGUUUCAAGCUCCAGUCCAAACCACAGGAGCCCCCUGCUACCAAAGCACCCGGCAUCUUUGGUGUGCCACUGAGACAGAGCAUUACAUACGCCAAUGUGGCCAUCUCGUUAGUCGAUGAUAAUGGCCAGAGCUACAUCUAUGGCUACGUGCCCAUCGUCGUCGCAAAGUGCGGCGUCUUCCUUAAGGAAAAAGCCACUGGCGUAGAAGGCAUCUUCCGAUUGAGCGGCUCCGAGAAGCGCAUCAAGGAGCUCAAGACCACAUUCGAUUCGCCCAGCCGUUACGGCAAGGGUCUCGUGUGGGAUGGAUACACAGUCCACGAUGCGGCUACCGUCCUGCGACGAUACCUUAACGAUCUGCCCGAGCCUGUUGUGCCGCUCGACUUGUACGAGAGGUUCCGCGACCCUCUUCGCGGGGCUACCAAGCAAGGCGGCGCUGAUGGCGAGGGCCCUCAGUUUGUUGAAGACUUUGACGAAAAAGGCGCCAUUGAAAAAUACCAGACACUCAUUACGGAGCUUCCCCCACUGAACAGACAGCUCCUUCUGUACAUUCUCGAUCUUCUUGCCGUGUUUGCGGCCAAGUCGGAUGAGAACCGCAUGACAUCACAGAACUUGGCCGCCAUUUUCCAGCCCGGCAUGCUCUCUCACCCGAAUCACGCCAUGGCCCCCGAGGAGUACCGUCUAAACCAAUGCGUCAUCAUCUUCCUCAUCGAAAACCAGGAUCAUUUCCUUAUUGGCAUGCAAGGAACCGCUGCCGACGAGAACACUGUGAAGGAGGUCCAAUCUGGUACACCUAAGCUACCAAGCACCCCCGAGAAACGAUCGAGCGGCGUGAACCGUUCUGCCUCCAACGCCAGCGCUGGCGCCGAUAGUGUACGGAAAGAGGGCCAGUUGCGACGCAACCAGUCUGUGUCGUCUAAGCACUCGAGACAAGAUGGUGCGGCCACGCCCAACAGCCCCGGUAUCGUUUCGACGCCAACCAGUGGUCUCGCCCGUAGCAACACGUUGCCUUCGAAAAAGUCCCCUGCUAUCGCAGGUGGUAAGCUGAAGAAGUUGGAUGGACAAGCAUCUCCCCUCCCAGAGCCUCUUACCCCAGUUCGCGCCGAGCCUUCGGUGCCGACUGUAGAAGAAGCCAAAGACGUAGAGGCAAAUGCUGAGGAGACGGUAAGCAAGGUGCACGAGAACUUGGAAAGCUCACCAAGUGCUGUGCCUCUUCCGCCUCCUGAGAAAGAUGUGCCGCCCAAGGACCGCGUUGUUUCUGGCAUCUUCAACCGAUCCGACUCAAGUAACCCCGAGAAGCGCCAACCCAACAAACUACGUAAGAAGAACCUCGGUGGAACAUUGAACGACAGCGCCCACAGUUCGACUGCGUCUCUGCCGCACCAUAACGCCGCUUCUCCCAGUGUUGAGGCGCCAAACCCUCUCGAGUCUGCGCUGCCGAUAGUCGCUAAGUCUGACGAGCCCGCAGCGGCAACUGAAGCAGCAGCAACAACCGAACCGGCGACCAUUCAGCAUGAACAGAAGCUGGCUGUAGCUCCUGAAGCCGAACUCCCCAUAACAUCUGACGUAGAGGAUGCUAGCGCCACCCCGACCGCUACGAAAGAAAAGAAGAAGCUGUGGCGUCUGUCGCGGUCCACGAAGCGCGAGGACCACAGCGGCCACAUUGGCACCAACGAGAACGCUGAUGCCAGCACGACAUCCUUUGCAAGCUCAACACACAAGCCUCGCAAGAGCUAUCAGGCCGAUGGCUCAGAACGCGCCAUUGCUGAAGUCGACGAAUCGGAGACUGGCAAAGGUGACAAGGGCCCCAUCAGCUGGAUCAAGAACAAGAUCCGUGACGCCAAGGAGAACUCUGACAACAAGCGCUCCAAGUCACCGCAUGGCGAAAACGGCGCCUCACUUUUUGGCCGUGGUAAGAGCAUCGAUAUUAAGCGCGAUGAACCCGUGCCUGUUGCUGCCGCUGCUAGUGGUGUCGCCCCAGAGGUAGCUGCUGCAGACGCCAAGGCUGCAGUUGCACCUGUCCCCGAAGUCAAGCCUACCGAGACCACCGAAACACCCGUUGCCGUCCCAGUCACAGCCGCGCCUGAAGUCAAGCCCACGGAACCGAUUGCCGCACCAGCUGUUGUUGCACCCGCCGCAGAGCCUGUUGCUCCUGUAGAAAAGGCCACCGAGACGACAGAAGCUGCCUCUACUACCGACGAGAAAGCAGUCGUAGAAGCUCCCGCUGUUAUCGCUGCACCUACCACCGACGCAACACCAGCGGCCACAGAAACAACAACGACUGAAGCUGCUACCAGCGCCUAAAAACAUGUACACAGAAAAGCGAUGCGAUUGGGAUGUGACGUAACGAGAAGGAGCUGGCAGACGGGGCGAGGCUGGCUGGCAUGUUGAUAGCGCCCCCGUGGGAUAUUUUUACUGUUUUCAUCUUUUGUUUUUUAAUGGCGGAUACCUCUUUUGUCUAUUUUGUUUCACAAAACGCCCUGCAUCGAUUUUGCACGUGGACGAUGGUCUGGUUUUGUCUUUUUAUGCUGGGGUUUUUUUUUUAUUUAAUCAACGAGAUGAGAUGGAUGAUUGGUUUUUUUUUAGGAAGGGUAGAUGGAGAACUCUUUUUAUUUGUGGAUAUGUUGUUUUUGGUCGUUUUGUUAUUAUUCUCAAUUCCUUUUUUUGUUUAUACUCCUUGAUUCAUGCCUCUCUUCUUUCUGUUCCCCAAGAUGCAGUAUACUGCUGCAUACACGGUUGCUGGCUAACGUACAGACUCUACGUGUACACUUGGUUCGCUUACUGGUUGGUUAGCUGUUUAACAGGUGGUGAAGCAUUCUCUGUGUUGUUUUUUUUGGUAUUAUACCCGUUGUAUUGUCGAGAUUCGCAUGCACAACUUAUACUUGUGGAUAACUUGAAUAAAGAAACUCUUUCUUUUCUUAUUUGAAUGCUUCUAUUAUUAUGAUUAUGAUUUCUAUCGAUAUUGUCCAUGUUAUACUUUUAUGAGGGUUUGUCGUAGUGUCCUGUUGCCCAUACGAUUACUUUGCCAGCCCGGCGCCAGUCUUCAGAAAAGAGCCCAUUGUUGCUGGACCACGCGGGCCGCGGUGUGAUUUUGAAUUUAGAGCCUGCUUUGGACGUGAAGAAGCUGUGUAGAGUGGGCUCGAUACCUUCAAAGCCCACAAUGUAGCGCGGUAUUCUCGCUGCUGCUGUGCUGUUGAAGAUUUCUUGAGACAGAAAAUGUUCUGGCUGUGCGUAGAAACGGUCCGCCUCGUCCAUGUAGUUGAUGCGCUCAGGCGUAUUGGGCUGCGUGUGUAGCGGAGGGUCGCAUGAGAGCGCAUAUGCAUUAAGUGAAGGAUGGAUAAGAUGUGAACGCCAUGGCGUAGAGUGGCAUGGCAUGAGGAACAGGGCAAAGAGCUCGUCGGAUGCCGGAGGGGACGAGGUAACAAGGCGCUGCUCGUAGUCGUCGCGCAGAAAGUUGAGGACUUUAAGAGGCGCACGUUGGUGGAAAUAGGACAGAUAGCCCGCGAGGAAGAUGUUAAUGGUGAGACCAGCAGCAAGAUGGGCCUUGUGACGAAGUACGCGCUGCGGACGGGAAGACUGUGACGUGCUAGAUGCGCGGGCCGUGAAGAAGGAUGCGGCAUGCGGGGCACCGAGGAUCGAGAGGAUCGGCAGCAGCGGGUAUAUAAAGCGGACUUCCUUGUGCGCAAUGAGCGAGAGCGUGGCGACGGUGACGAAGACGGUGGACGCCAGGGUGCGCAGGAUGAGUGUCUUGGAGGGCGAGUCGGACGACGGCGAGCGCGGCCGGUACAAGGCUGGGACGACAAAUGGAAGUGACGUUGUGCAGAGCAGCGGGAUGCCCUGGACGAGAUAGUAGUGCCAUGGGUGGCGGCCGUAAAAGACAGCAAGCGACUUGCUCACGUUAAAGUAGAGCCAGUUGUAGGGCGGGAAGGUCCAGAAGCCAAAGUAGUAUCUGUCAGCGAGGAUGGAGACAGCCAGGGCGACGGAUCCGCAGAGGAGAGCCUCUCGCGCCAAGACGGCAAUAUUGGUGAAACGGAGCGUGGAUAUAACGGACAGACUGACGGUGAGCCAGAUAAAGAUGUUGGUUGGGCGGAGAAGCACGGCAGUGGCGGCGAGGAGGAGCGCGAUGCGUAGGUUGGUGAGGUUGAUGGGUGCCGUCUUUGUGUUUUCUUUGACCGUGGUGGGCGCAUGCCAUUGCCAUGGCCAGUGAGCGAGGGCAGCCACUGUGAGGGUUGUUUCGAGAGAGUUGGAGAAGGGUCGCGGCGAUAUGUAGAAUUGCCAUGGGUUCGUGAGUUGGAGGAGGAUCUGCAGGCUGCGCGUUAGACGAGAAGUGAUGGACAAGUGUAGAGGAAUUGACGUACGGUGAAUGUCGAAGCGGGUGUAUCGGUGCCGUAGACACGCUCGGCAAGCUUCCAUGUGUACCAGUCGCCAAUGGCAGCAAUGUAUGCUUGUAAGAUGUACGGCGCGGCGAGGAGCAUAUGCGAGCGGAUGGAGAGUGGGAUGCGAGCUGCGGAGCACAGGGCGUCGGUGAUGAUGUAGGGGAUGGCGAAGAGCAUUGGGUGUAGUGAUGAUCGCAGUUGGUGUUGCCAUUCCUAGGAGAGAGUAUGGUUAGUGUAUGAUGUGUGUCUAUAGAAGAGGGGUGGAAAUGUACCCAGGUCAUCCAGACAUUGGCGCCUUUGCCAAAGGCGAUUUGGUACGCGGGCUCGAGGGCCUGGAAGUAUUCAUCGGGCUGAAAGAAGGUAGAUAGCGUGAGGGCGUUGACAAGGCGGAUGAGGAAGAUGUGUUUGAAGCGGAGAGUGCCCUGGCGUGACAUGAUGGUGGUGUAGUUGCUGCAGUCGCAGCUGGUGGCAUGUGUUUGGUUGGUGAUGCGCGCGAUGGUGUUUAGCUGGAAGCUAGCGCAUCGUUGGUGAUGAUUGAGCCAGCAACAGAGAGGUAAGCAGUAGAUUGGAAAGAGAUGAAUUAAAGAAACUGUAGUGGUGAUGGAUUGGUAUGAGUUGUGGUUUUUCUAUGAGAAAGAGUGACGUCGAUUGAUGUGCAUGGACAGCAGGGUUG